AUGGCGUAUUCGGCUUAUGCCUUUGUCAGAGUUUAUGUUUGUCAUUUGCAUAUUUGCUUCGCUCUUGUGCCCCAGUUUGCCAGGUGUUUAUAGAUAGUGCCCUAAAAGGGUAAAGACAUGUAGCGGCGAACUGGGGCCUACUUUUCAUCUUCUUUUUUCAAGCGGCACUGCUCUCUUUAGUAAAUUGUUUCCUUGGGAUUUUUCUUCCGGACGCAACCCUUUGUGCACCGGAAAACUAUUCCGUCAGAGCUUGUGAUUUUUUAUAAACAAAAUGGAUGUGUUAAAUGGGUACAAUCUUGAUUAUUUUCCUGAAAACCUUUUAAUAGAUAUAUUGUCUUUUCUUGGAGUGCGAGAGCUUGUCAGAGCUGGGAGAGUGUGUAAGAGAUGGAGACGUCUUGUGAAAGACCAGAGGCUUUGGAGGGUCGUGGAUCUGACAGCGUGGAAAGGGGUCACAUCUCGGAUACUGUGGGUCUUGCUCCGUCAAUACUUAGGAUGUGGCCUACGGUGCCUUCGAAUGCGUGGUUUGCUGCUAUCUGCCAGAGGUGGGACAUUUCUGUCUGAGUCAUGGCUUAAAGCUUUGUCCACCAAGUGCCCUCGUCUAAGAAGACUUUGUCUCCUCCACGCUGACCUCAGAAGUCUCCCUUCGUGCCAGAUUCUACCUCCAUCUUUGCAGGUCUUAGAGCUUCGUGGCUGUGAGUUGCCCCGUGGCUUUUUUGAGCAAACACUGCCGACCGUACCCCCUAACAGUGACUCAGAAGCUACAACUAGUCGGGAAAGAGUUGGGAAAGGACCUUCAGGUCAUUCCGGGAUUACUAUUGAGAGUUUGAUCCUUAACAAUGUGCCAUCGUUUACAGACCAGCACCUCCAAAGUUUGACAUCAUGGCAAAAACUGAGUCACUUGGAGUUGCGGGACACAUUUAGAAUAACAGCAAAUGGUUUGAGAAACUGUGCUGCUAAAGAUGGUGUGUCUGGCGUGGAAGGGCUUUUCAGGCUUAGGAAGUUGGAGCUGGGCAUCACCGGUCGACAGGGCUACCAUUUGCAGAUGGCUUCUCUUGGUUUAGGCUCAGGAUGGCUUGGCCUGGAAGAGCUUAGUUUGGGAGGUAAAGAAGUAGGGCCAGGUCUGCUCUGUGCGAGCCGCCUAAAAGACUUGAAACGCCUAUGUCUCUGGUCUUGCACACUUAGUAAUUUACAAAUAUGCAAAAGUUGCAGAAUGCUUCGAGGCCUAAGCCGCCUUGAGUUUUUAGAUGUAGUCUUCCAGCCUCGCCAGUGUCCAUCAGAGGAGGGUAAUGCUGAGGAGGAGCAAGAUGGUGAAGAAGCAGUGAGUGAAGACAACGGUACCAAUGAAAACCAACGGAAACAAGAUGUAGUAGAUCCUAUUCCAAGUUUGCGUCGCACACUUGGAGCCAUGCUGCCAUGUUGCACUCUGGUUUUCACUAACUGCUCAGUACAGAGUAAUGCAGAAUAAAGACUACUCUAGUUGCUUCAAUUGCUUAUACAUGUGUCCAUGUAUAUUUACUUUCUAAUUGUAAUGAAGUCAGUUAUUAGGCUAUAUCACAUCAAACUAAAGGUGUGUUCACACUUGUUCUUGUUUGGUCUUGGUCUGAGCCUAGUUCAGUCCUGAUGUAAAUGUGGUUUAGUCCUGUUUUAGGCCAAGGGUAUUCCUGGUCCAGCCAAGGGUCUAGGUUUAGCUCCAUUUUAGUCCCAGUUUUGAUAUGGUGUUUGUGCAAGUGUGAGCACACUCCAAACAACUGUAUAUUACUCAAAUGUUUGCUUUCAAAAAAUAUGAGACAACACAAUGAAAUAAAAAAUUAUAAUUAAAGUGAAUACAUUUUUUAAGCUUCUGAAACACAAUUAUGAAUACAAUAGUGUCUUUUUAGCUAGAGUAUCCCUAUUUUUAUCAAAUUGAAUUAUCACUCUGAGGCUGAUGGAUUGUAUUAUCCAAUUUCUGCCCCGUAAAAAAAUAAUUAUCUGACUAUACAAAAAAGGAGAGUUUUAUGAAUGCUUAUUAUAAGACAAUAGUGUUUUAGUGCGUUUGAAGGUGUGUCUUUGAACACAGAUUUGGUAAAUAAAUGUAUUUUGAACAUA